CCUCCUUUCUCCUCCAGGUUGAGCUCUUUCCUCCCUAGUCCUGUUGAGUUUCCUUCCUCCUCCGGCUGGCUGAGCUCCCUCCUCUCCUGCACACCCAGGCCGUCCUCUCUCCUCCAGGUUGCACUCUUUCCUCCCCAGUCCCCGCCCGUUCUGCUUUCCUUGUCCACGCAGGUGCGACCCUCCCCGGCUGCAGAUCUCGGCCGCCCCUCCCUCUUGUCGCUGCCGGUCCCACAAGUUUUGACAGUUACUCUGCUGCUCCGGUGAGAGCGGCGGGACCGUGUCGGUACCGGCAAAGAGCAGCGGCGGAACCAGCUGGAACAGUACGGGUUUAGGGCUUAACAACGGAUCCGGCAGAGGCUUUGGAAGUAGGGCUCUUGCGCUAAGCCUGGGAACAUCGUUGGCUCCGGUUUCCUGGCGCGUUUGGCGAGGUUAACGGAACCUGGAAGCUAUUACCGGUGCCGGUAUCAGCCUCCUGUAAAGUACCGGUACGAGUUUCCAUUGUCUGUGUGACUGUGCCCGGUGGGCACCGAGAGACCCGGAGCCAUGUCCCGGGACCCGGAGACCGUAGCCAAGAUCACCGAGAACACCUACAAGAAUGUUAUGGAUCAGUUCAACCCAGGCUUACGGAACCUUGUAAAUUUAGGAAGAAACUACGAAAAGGCAGUGUCUGCCAUGGUACAAGCAGGGAGAGCCUAUUACGAUGGGGUCGCCAAGGUUGGAGAAAUGACCACCGUCUCUCCAGUAUCUAAAGAACUUGGGCUAGUUCUCCAGGAAAUCUCCAGCGUACACAAAAAACUGAAUGAAAGUCUAGAAGAAAAUUUUAAGAAGUUCCACAGAGAAAUAAUAGCGGAGUUGGAGAGAAAGACAGAACAAGAUAUUAAAUAUAUGAAUGCCACGUUGAAAAGGUACCAAACCGAGCACAAGAAUAAGUUGGAUUCUCUCGAGAAAUCCCAGGCUGAGCUCAAGAAGCUGCGGAGAAAAAGUCAAGGAGCAAGAAACGCAACAAAAUACGAGGUGAAGGAAACCGAGUAUUUGGAAACCAUUACCUCUCGGCAGAGUGAAAUCCAGAAGUUUAUUUCGGAGGGCUGCCGGGAAGCGUUGCUGGAAGAGAAGAGGCGUUUCUGCUUCCUGGUGGACAAGCACUGUAAUUUCUCCAGUUAUCUGAACUACUAUCAUGUGCAGGCUGCUGAUAUCCUCGCCUCUAAGUUGCCCAAGUGGCAGGAAACCUGCAGUGACGUCACACAGGUCCCAGACAAUGUUGCUAAUUUAAUGCAGGAUAUGAAGCCCCAAGGACCCCCCACUAUUCCUGGCACCCCUGAGCCUUCUCCGCUUAUGGACAAGAAAGCCCUGAUGAAUGCAAAUUACGACACAAUCACCAGGAAGAUGCCGCCAGCUCCCCAAACAAGAGCGCACAUAAGUCCGCUCGUAGACAUGUUCAGCAGUCCGUCAGCCGGGCCAAAAACGUCCUAUGAAAAUCCAAGAGCGCCCCAAGCAGAGAUGGCGGACGAUGCCAACCUGCCCCGCUCUAUGUCUGUGGCGACGGGCUUAAACCUGAUGAAAAAGCCCAAAGUGAAGACGAUCUUCCCGCACACCGGAAGCAGCAAGACGUUACUGAGCUUUGCCCAGGGAGACCUCAUCACCCUUCUCAUACCAGAAGAAAAGGACGGCUGGCUCUACGGGGAGCACGAUGCCACCAAGCUGCGAGGUUGGUUCCCAUCAUCCUACACACGCCCGCUGGAAGAGAACGGGAAGGAGUCCCCAAAGGUGUCGAGUGCUUCUCCAAGCCCUGCCCCGGUUAGGAGCCUCAGCUCAGCCAAUUUAAUCGACAAAGGUGCGGUGGUCCUGCCAGAACCAGAUUACUUUGAAAACUCAUCGAGUGCCUUUUCCACUCCCCGGGUAACAACUGCCUUCACCGUACCCCUAGCCAAAGAACCGGCCACCGUAACAACCAAUGACUCGCCUAAACCUACUGCAAAUGGUGUUAUGAAGCAUCCGUUCCUAAGUGGGGAAAAUCCGUUUGCUACCGUCAAGCUACGACCAACCGUAACAAACGAUCGCUCGGCACCAAUCAUUCGAUGAAAAGUCCCGCCUAAUUUAACUAUUAUUAUUUUUUGUAAUUAUUUUAAGCCUCCUACGCGGUGUACUAUAAUUUAAUUUUUUUUUGAUUUUGCAAUAAUUUCAGCUGAAAACUAAAGACCCGAGCAGGACCUGGAAAAGCCAUAUUACAUGGACUGAAGCGUUGAUUGGCGAUCCUUUGCACACAAAUCGUUUCUCACCAAUGAACUCUGCUCAAUUUUUUUCCAUUUUUGACCUAAUAGUUAUUUUCUAGCGUUCAGUUCUCUUUCUAAGUAGGAAUAAGAUAUUUUGCAAAAUGAACCACGGAAAUAAAAGGCAAAAAAAAAAAAUCUGCAAUUCAACCGCCGACCCUUUUAUUUUUUUAAUUUGUUUUUUAAUUAUUUUUAAUUUGUGAAAAAAAACUUAAAAAAAAAUGUUUUCAAGUAGAAUUUUUCUUAAGACCAAUUUAAAAAAGAUAUAUAUAAAUUAUUUUCGAUUUGGAGUCAGGGUAAGGAAUUGUUUUAUUGUAGGAGGAAGUAUCUCCCAGGUAAGCGAGAUUUUUUUGUACGUAGUCCUCUAUAUUGAGCGGUGAAGCCGGUAGCUGCUGCGGAACCCCGUUGAAAGAUGACGAGAAAUCAUCCUUUCUUCUGCCUCGUAACCGA